CAACUGACAGGAACUGGUUUAUGAAAAUCACUUAAAUUUGUUCUUCUCAGCGUUCCUGCAGAACCACAGCCACUUAAUGUUGUUGUCUGUCUUUACCGGCAAAGCACUAUCAUCAUUUCCUGUGCUGCCACACAGUUUCCAUGACAGCUGAGAAAGUCUAUAAAGGAUUCUGCGAGUUUCUGUAAAGCCCUGUAGGAUGUUCCUGACUCACUGUACGAUGGGAUGGAUGUUGUUGGCAGUGCUCAGCGUCGGUGUGCCUGUGUGGAGCUCUGUGAAGGUGAUGCAGCCCUACAGAGUAGUGAGCACCAACGGUGCGGCACAGAUCCACUGUGUCAUCCAUCCCCGAGCUUCCUUCACUCAGAGCCACCUCGAUCAAAAUCUGGAGAAUCCCUUCUUCAACGCAGAAGAUGUGCGGGUCACUUUGCUGAGAGGUCUCCAUGGCAGCCAGAAAGUCUGCUCCUCCACCCUCAACAUCUCAGAGCAGCAGGAAACACAGUGGGAGAAAGAUGGAGAUGUGAAGUGUGCAGUUCAAAUCAAAGGUGGCACUGUGGAGGUGGCACUGUCUGGACUUAAAGCCACACACACGGAUAUCUAUCGCUGCGGGAUUCAGAUCUUGUACCCGCCGCCCUACCAGCAGCUCACAGGCAAUGGCACACUCCUCCAUGUCCUGGAAAGCCCACACUGUCCUGUUCAGGAGCCUCAGAGACUGCAAGGUCAGGAAGAGGAGGAGGAGAAUUUGGAGACGAAAACAGCAGUCAGCAUUCCGGUGGUCAUUCUUGUGGUAGCGGUCAUCUGUGUCCUUGUCGUCAUCAUCACCUUCCAGACUCUUCAGUACCAACAAGGGAGGAGGGAACCUGUCAGGAUGCCACCAAACAUCUUGAUUCAAAAAGUGGAUGCUGUACCAUUUUCAAGUGGGACCAUGGCAUAGAAAUGUUCCAAACAACAGUGACUAUUUGAUUAUCAGUGCUUUUGUACGUCUUCAGUACAAAAAUAAUGUUUACGUUCUUGUAAACACACACAUUGAGUUAAGGAUGUGACUUUGAUUCCGUUAAAUUUAUUUGACUUGAGUUGCUGGAGCACCUGUGUUGAAGUGCAAAGGUUAGUACUACUAGUACUGUGUACAAACUGCAGAUCUGAAUAAAACCCUUUGUUCAAGCUGCUUAGUUACAAUGUUUUGCAUUGUUAUGGCUUUCACUUUUGUUAUUGGUUAUUGCUGUAUGUUUUGUCAUUAUCAAAUCCACAUGUAAACCUGUUUCACACUGAAUUGAAAUAGUUGUAAAUAAGUAGAGAUUUUUUUCUUUUGAAAAAAUGCGAUGAGAUCUUUCCAUAUUUCCAUGCAGAUAAUUAUCAGUCUCAUUAUCAAAAAAUAAAGUAUUCAUACUUUAGUGUCUAAAAGGUUGUAGUGUCUAAAAGAUGCCUGGCAGAGCAAUGCAAUUUUUCUCUCUGUUUUCCUGCAGAAGCAUACCUGAGGAAUUCUGAGCAUAACCAUGAGUGUUACCAGUGAUGUAAAUGAAAAAGAAGACGUUCUCUGCAAUAUUGAUCUAAAUGGAAGUGAUUCUUUGUGUUACUGAAUAAAAUGAUGAGAAAGUGA